AUGGGCACUCUCACGGCAGGUCAACCUCGUCUCGAUCACUACUGCGAGCACAAACUCCCCACAUCGUGUCGACUGUCCUCUUUGGGAAAGUGUUGUGCCUGUUCCGACGAAAGACCACACGCUGUCGGAGGCAACUACUCCGUCUAUAUUGACGGUAUCGGCUAUGUGCCGCGAGGCACUCGUUGGCAACGAUACUGCUGGUUCUGCAAAGAGUUCUGGCAGCAUCGAGUCGAAGUCAGUGGCUUGUUGCCUAGCCAGACACGCAUUCCCCAAGUCCCGGAUAUUCGAGUCUUCUUGACUCGCUGGUAUGAGUUUCACCAAGGCUACCGCCUGGUCAAGCAUGCCGAUGGUAGCGAAGAGCGAGUCGCUGUUGUCGGAGAGGACUUUCGAGAUGUAUCGCCCGGUGUCCUGCCUCGAACACUGGAAGAGCUGAGGGCAGGACGAGAUCGCAGUGAAGCCGAAGAGAACGAGAGGCAAGCGGCGAUUCGAGAGCUGCAAGCGCGUGAGAGAUUGGAUCCAGACGCGGCUACCGGGCCAUCGAUUGAAGAGACGCUCGAUCAGUUGCUGGAGUCUGCCAGCACAGAAGGAGAAGGCCAGGACGAUGCUAUACGGAACAACAUACAUGCGCAGGCAAUGGUACCGUUGGGCACACGGAAUAGAGAGUACCAGGCUCGCCGUAUUGCUGCGCUCAGACGGGAGCUUCAUCGAAUGCGGAAUGGCAUUGAAAGAGUCAUCGAAGGACUGAGAGACCUGGGGGAAGAGGUUCCUGACCACUCCGACGCCUCAAACCAGCUCACAGAUCUCGGUCAAACACUCGACAAUAUCACGGGUGGUCCUUCCCAGGAAGCGGCUAGUCGCGCCAUCGCAAGUGUCAACGCUCUGACAGAGCGGACCGACGCCACGCAUUCGGACCAGGUACUGCUCAACAUGCAACAUCGCGUCAGCGAAGCGCGACAGCACGUCGAGGACGCCAGACGGAAUCGGGAUCAAGCCGCCAGUGAGCUCGAUGAGGCGGAGCGAGAGUUCCGGACUUCGCAGUCACGAAUGCGGCAGCUGCAGAAUGAGCAACGAACAGCCGAAAACUACAUGCGCCUGUUUGGCACGCGGGAGCAGAUGGCUGCCCAGGGCGAGGCAUAUCAAAGCCCGAUUGGCGAUAUGUUUCACCGGGCCUACGAGCGGUUUCACGAGGCCGAGCAAGUGCGCAGGGAAGAACGCACACUCAGACAAGUGCUGGAGGAUGAAGCAAGGUCGGGUGGAGAGGGCGUGAAUGCAGGGCUGCUAGAGCUGGAAAGGCGAGAGCGAGAUGUUUGGGGCGUGCCCCAACGCGCUGUCGCAUCGAGUCCAACCGUCACUCAACACACAGGCGACCCCUUUCCCCGCAUACGCACUCCAGAAGUGCUCGUUGCUCGGGACGCUGAGAGUGACCUGGCCCUCGAUGAUGAAGAGGUUGCCUUGGAGCAGUAUUAUACCUUGCUUCGGCGACAAGGCUGGAGCAGCGAGCAGAGCACAGCUGCAGUACAGGCUGCGGAAGCGGAGAGAGCUGAACUGCCUGGAGACAUACCAGCAGCUCUAGCAAGCGGCGGUUCCUCCUUCGUCGCUGGUCCACCAGGUCAGCAACUCGACGCAGAGCCUUCGGUGAACAACGAUCGAGGCCUCGACGCCCUUUUCGUGCUCACGGCACUUUCGAGCAGUGAGUCGCUGCGCUCGCAGCUCGCCGGCAAUCCUACAACGAGCUAUGUCGAACGUCUUCUGCGCAUGGUGCGGGAGAACAAUCUGUCAUGGAACGAGCGAGAGCACGUUGAAGCGAUGCUCGAAGACUCCAACCUCAUAUGGGGCUGUGGCUUGCCAGCGGAGCGGAUGCGGCGUAGACGUCAACGAGGUGAGUCUGUUGGAUUUACCGAAUUGGCGCACGAGAUGGCUGUAUCAGACUCUACUGUCAUACACGAUGUCGAAGUGAUGGCCGAGGUGUUCCAGAUGUCCGCACAUCUCAGACGCUGCGCUGGAAUUGGUCCCUCGGAACAACUUCAGAUGAUGUGCAGACUGCAGAGAGGAGAGCGCACACCCGAAGAUCGAGCAGUUCUCUGCCGCAUGCUACAAUCGGAGUCAACGUACAGUCGUGCCAAGCACGUGCAUGAUCUUCAGUACAACCGUGAAGUCGAUGCUCUCACAGCGGAAUCCAACCGGAUCCGUCAGCAGACGGCACGCGAGGGAGAUCAUUCCCGCGGAGAACUGGAUGCACGACGACGAGCUACGCAUGCACUUGCUCUAGCCGCUGGCAGAAUCGCCAUGCGUUCCAGCCCUGCUGAACUUCUCGAGCGACUGAGCAACCGAGACGAGGCCUCUCGGGCGGCGCAUGCGCGUCUGCAGGAAAAUGGCGCACCAGAAGCCCUCAGAGUCCGCUAUCGUCCCCUCGGUGUUGACCUCUUCCCAUCUACGCACUCCGAGACGGACUCGGAACCAGAAACAGAUGAAGAUGCAAAAGGUCUCGAUGCGAAAGAUACCGGUCGACCUGCGGACCCGGCUUCCGACGAGCAAUUGACGGUGAGGCUUGAUUGUCAAGUGUGCUAUUCCCAGCUCGCGGACAUGGCCUGCCUGCCUUGCGGGCAUUUGGUCAUGUGCCAGUGGUGCAGCGAUCAGCAUUCUCCUACCAUGGCACACGAUAGGACGCGACCACGACGAGCUGCGGCAUGUCCCGUCUGCCGCAAGCAGAUUCGUCAGAAGGUGCGAGUAUUCAGGGCUUGA